AAAAAAGAAGAGACAGACGUGUCAUGCAGAUAAGAAUGCAAUUGUUUGCAAAAUGCAAAACGUUAACACUUCGCAGCAGAUCUGAAGAACACAAGAGGGAAUAGCUUGAUAUCUGCUCUUACCUUAUGUAAGUAAAACCGUUCUAGUGUCAUUGAGCCAGCGACACUAAAAACCCUUUGCAUUCAUCAAGCACUUCCUAUCAGCUGUAUAGAUGUCAACAUAGGGGUGGGUGUGUGUGAUAGAACGCAUGCACACCAACAACAAAAAACAGUUAUAGUUGUUCCUCCCAAUAUAAAGGAUAGUGGCUAAUUGUUGACCUUUUAGUGACAAAUUCCUAAAGUUUUUAGUUACAUCCUUCAUUGAUUACUAAAAGAGCAGCUAAAGGAGGUCCUCAGAUGCCGUAGGCGUGGCAAGCCGUUCAAGAGAAGGCCAACGGAGGCCGUAUAAGUUGAUUACAAAUGUAAUUAGCUCCCGUAUUUCUUGAUUCCCUGCGGAUGUGACUCACUCGGAUCUGACAGGGCGGCAAACAAGUGAUGCAAGUGGAUGUUAACAAGCGAGCGCCGAACGUCCAAAUCUAAUUUCCCACUACGAAACAUUUCAUUGUUUUUCCUCCUCUCUCUUUCCAUGUCUCAAAGCGCAGGUUGUUCGAAUUUGAAGCCGCUCUAUAAAUAGCAUGCGUGCGGCGCUAGAGGAUACAGCGCCCCCAACCUUGAUGACUGUGAUAAGGACUGUCACACACUCGCACACACACUCGUGUCCAACAGCAGAGGACGCAGUGAUGCGCUGAAAUUAUGACUUUGACAUUGUAUGGCAGCUUGUCUCUAAGGGUCCCUCUGCUCGGUCAUGUAAAUGGCAGCGGAGUCUGUUGAAUAAAAGCCAGUGGGUCAACCCUGACAUCUAAGAGGGAGCGAGAGGAGCGAAGGUUAAAAGAACGCAACUGUCAUACAGAAUUCAUUUGCCAUUAAAACAGCGGCGAGUCAAUACAUGCUAAGGGAGCAUCUACAUUUAGCUGAGCAAUCAAUGCAGUUGCAGUGGAAUAUAUUAACUGCGUUAUACUUGGCUGCAGACAUGGCUGCAGUUUUCAUGGGCUUGUAAAUAAAGAUGAAGAUGAAGAAUGUGCUAUUUUUAAAUGCAAUUUGCGUGAUGCAGAAAUUCCGGGGCUGGACCUGAAUUUAUCAUCACGUUGGCUUUAAAAAAAAAAACAUUGGCAAGAAAACUGAGCAUGUGUAGCCUAGAACGACAAACAUAUGCAUCUGCUAAAUUAGUUCAUACUUCUGUUUAUGCACCAUUUCUUACGAAACCUGUCAGAGAAAACCUGAAGAAAAAUGAAAUUAUAGUGUGUAUAUAUAUAUGUAUAUGUGUGUGUAAUAUUAAAAUAUGCAAUUUUCAAAUUUGUGAUUUUUAGAUGUGAGGUGGAGACCUAAGAAAUGAGACCUUAAUUACCUCAUUUCAAUUAAAACAACUAUUAGGAAUAAUGGGAAUUAAAGCUAAAAUUAUUAUAAAGCCAAAAACUCAUUCACUCAUUUAAAUAAUGAAAAAUAUGGAGAAAGGUGUGUUUUUUAAUGAAAAUCUCAAUGCAAAUCUAAUUGUCUUUAUACAAAAAAAUGCAUUUAUUUUAAGUAAAAUGAACAUGUUUAGUGAGAUGCACUCAAACGCUCUUAAUCCUGAGGUCAUGAAAAUGAAAAAUCAAUUUCUAUUUAUAUUAAUCAUUGUCCGCUCAGGAUAUCCAAAGUGUCCUGUUUCUAAAAUAAUUGAAUUUGAAAGCCGAUAAUGAUGAAAAGUGUCAGUUGGUGUUUGUCGUCUUCUCGCUUGGGUGACCUGUAGUGCCAGUAACCGCAGGAGACGAUUGCGUCUGUGUGUAGGCUAUGUGUUUGUGUGAGAAGCGGAAAUAAAGAUGCGAGGGGCGUUCACAGGAAAACACCAUCUGUGUCCUGGUGCUGUGGGUUACAUAAAUGAUACCAGUUCACCUGCCUGCUCCAAUGUUUACGUCAGCCUUUUGAAGAGCACGCAGGAAAUGCUUCUCGCUUUCGGUGUUAAGUUUGAACGGGUAAACCUUUAUUUUAAUUGCGCUUUCUGGGAUAUAUAAUAACGCCACGUUGAGUUAAAAAGGAACACUAAUAUUGAUGCUAUCGGUCAUUUAAGUCAAACUGGUGGUUUCAGGCUGACACCUGAUGUUUACUAUCCACAGAUAUGCAGAUAAAUCCCGUUUAAAACAAAAGGAGAAUUGACUACACACAUCAUUUUAGAUGCAUUAAAAUAAAGCACAAUAACCUAUAGACCGCCCUCAUGCCCAACACAAUUCUCCUGGCAUGCUUGCAUUAUUAUGAUUCCAGUGAUUUUAUUUGGAAUAAAGCAUUUUGCUUUUUCGGUUCCAAAACAGAAAGCUUUUUUUUUGCAGUAGUGUACAUUAGAUGUGCAAUUGAUGCUUGAGAAUUGCAGGAAGUUACAGACCUCCUUGCGAAGGACCGUUUCAACGUCCGUGAAGGACAGAUUAAAGAAAAACGUAAAAAAAGCAAUGCUCCCUACCGCUAUCCAAACCGAGUUUAUAACCUAUUUUAUUAUAACCUAAUAUUUCCGCGUGCAACUCAUAUUCAGGACGUUUAUGCAUUUUAUGCACACGCUUGAAGUAGGCUGGGAUGCGGAAGCUAAAGGUCAAGUUCAUCCUGAAGAGCGUUUCUUCAUAUAUCACUGGUAACACGCAGUUAUUGUUAGUUGCUGUUGUUUCAGUAAACAGCUAUAAAUUACUGUUAAACGCUGGCUGCAUUAACUACAACGGUACCGUCAGCCAAAAAGUUGUUUUAUAGGACUGACAACAUAGUGUUACGAUUGAUUUCCGUGCCAAACUAAAGAGGCCUAAACAAAUCUCCUAUUAAUUCAUUUUGACCAGUAAUUUAAUUUCUGCCAGAACUGUAAGUCAUCGCCUCCCGUCCGGACAUCAGCACUGAAUGUACCUUCGUCUCGACAGCUGAACGGAAGGAUAUCAGACUCUCCAGCAAAACAAGAAAGGCGAAGAAGGUAAACUGCCACGGAUACAUUUUCAGACCAGUUCGAUGCAUUAAAAAAGCACUUACGAAGAGUUGCUGUUAAACAUAGUGUGCAACAGAAGAUAACUUGUGAGGUCUCUUUUAAUAUCAAAAUUUCAUUUCUGGCCGUGCAGUAAAAAAGUGCUUGUUUUUUUGUUUUUUUUUUGCAGUCGUCGUUCCUGAUUUAGUUUGACAGCUCACUGAAGAUUUCACAUGCAAGUUUGCCAUUGUAUUCAUCGGAGCGCACGUACGAAACAGACCGACCCACGCAGGUAACCAGUGGCCUAGUUUACGGCGACCCUGUCUGCAGCGUCCGGGAAGAAGGGGCCCAGCUGUGCGCGGGCCCCAGAUUUGGAAGAGAUAUUUUGCAAUGUCACUAAAAGCCCUAAAAGAUCAACCCGUCCUCGAGUGGCCGCUGGGUUUUGCCAAGACGUGCCAUUUUGCAAGCGGGAACGUCGCCAAGGCUGAACACUGUCGCCGUAAAUAAGUGUAAUAGGGGGUCGGGGUGCAAAGCGCUCCUUGCAAUCCGUCCGUGUUUUUCGUGAAAGCUGGAAUCGGAGGAUGCUUUUGUGCCAUUCUGAUGCUUUUAAACGUGCGUUGUAGUUUUUAAUAACACGUCUGUGUCUAGCAUCUAGAGUCAGUCUCUUUAAAGUGGCAGACUCUAUUAAUGAUGGCGUUCAAGAGGCUUUUUCAGUGAGUUGAUGACGGUGGCAUCCCCUCCAGCCACGUUACCGGUCAAACUUCCCUAGUCGCUCAACAAGACCCGUCUCUGUACGAUGAGGAGUCCGUGUCCCAGCUUUCCCACCAUCUCCCGACCAAUGACCUUCUCACCUACGGCCAGUCUGAUUAUAGACACCCAUCCAUGCUUGGCGCGCCCCAAGCCAACGGCCCGAGAAUUGAGAUCACCUGCCCUGACCUGUACCAGCACGACCAUGUCCACACCAACCCUGUAAACAUAAGUCGGCCCAUGCUCGACAUCCCUUACAGGGAGAACCAAUGCCUCAGUCCGGCUAGUAGCACCUCGUCCACUAGCUGGCAUUCAGAUGGCUGUUCUCCCGGGACGUACUCCCCCUGCAUCUCUCCCGGUGCUGGUGAAGGAACCCUAGCCGGUUUGACCGAAGCUGUCCUUUGCCCGAUGAUGCAGGCCAUCCAAGCUUCUGGUUCUCCCAACACGUCUCCUCGCACCAGCAUCACAGAAGACACCGUCCUGGACCGCCGUCCACGUUCUCGCUCGGCCUCGCCGCAAGGGAAGCGCACUUACGCCGAGUACAAGACCCAGAGAUCUCAAAGCCCCCGUUUUGGCCGAGAAGAGCCCGCUGAGUUCUACCCGCCGGCAAACUUGGAGAAUCCCGUGUGCAAUUUCAGCAACAGCUUGACUAAACCAGUCCCUACUAAAAUUGUCCGCCCUAAUCUAGAGUAUUCUGUCUACGCGGAUGGCCAUAUGGGCAUGUUCCCACCUAUGUCGGAAGUGAAAAAAGAAUUCACUGUGGAACCGAGCUAUUACAGGCCUGCCAACUGGUCCAGUCAAGCUCUCGCAGGGGUUUGUAGUAUGCCAGUGGCCGCGUUGCCUGCUCUGGAAUGGCCUCUUCCCAGCAGCACUGAGCAAUACGAGCUCCGGAUAGACGUUCAACCCAGACAGCACCACCGGGCCCACUACGAGACAGAGGGCAGCCGCGGGGCCGUCAAGGCGUCUACUGGAGGCCAUCCUGUGGUUCAGUUGCGAGGAUACACCGGGCUGGAGCCGCUGGCUCUACAGGUCUUCAUCGGCACAGCUGAUGAUAGGAACCUCAGACCUCACGCUUUCUACCAGGUACACCGCAUCACCGGCAAAACUGUCUCCACCAACAGCCAGGAGCGAAUGCUGAACGGAACCAAGGUCCUAGAAGUGCCGCUGGAACCCAAGGAGAACAUGAGAGCUGUAGUUGACUGCGCUGGGAUCCUGAAACUGAGAAAUGCCGACAUUGAGCUGAAGACAGGAGAGACGGAUGUGGGCCGGAAAAACACGCGAGUGAGAUUGGUCUUCCGUGUCCACGUUCCUCAACCCAGCGGACAGUGGAUCUCUCUCCAAGUGUCCUCGCAGACUAUUGAAUGCUCUCAAAGGUCCGCUCAUGAACAGCCUGCGGUAGAGCAUCUGGAUUUGGACCACUGUUCGGUUCUGGGUGGACCGCAGAUGAUCCUUAGGGGUCAAAACUUCACAUCAGAGUCCAAAGUCAUCUUCUUUGAGAAAACAAAUGUUGACCUUCAGUUGUGGGAGGCUGAGGCGAAGGUUUACAGAGACAAAUGCACAUCUAACCUGCUGUUUUUGGAGAUCCCUCCAUAUCGAGACCCCAACAUCUACCACCCGCUCAAAGUUAAAUUUCACGUGCUGAAUGGGAAGAAGAGAUGCAGCCAGCCCCAAAACUUCACCUACACACCCCUCUCCGUGCCACAGAUCAAAGCGGAGCCGGUUGAAGAAUACCAGUAUGCACAGUUGAGCUGCGCUGGGCAUCCCAUUGCGGGCGUCUCUCCUCCCUCUUGUCAUCUGGUAGACGGUUACAUGAUGCCGAGCGGCCCGGCGUACCAGCGAGCUCACUGCAUGUACCCUGCCGCCCAACAGCACGCACCCAUGCGCUACCCGCCGGAUCACACGGCGGCGUUCGUGCCCAACACCUACCAGCACACCUUGACAGGAGACAGCUUCCAGACGGCCACCUCUCUGUUUCCCACCCUCGACGUCUCUGAGCUCUGCUCCGCCGCGGCCCAUCAGAAGGCAUACGGCUCGAGGGCGUCCCCAACCACAGGGAGAUCCCCUCCGGCCCGCGGCCAUCAGCAGACGUACCUGCCGGUGCAGCACCAGAGGAACGUCAGUCCCGUGAGAGUCUCCAUCAAGCAGGAGAACCUGGAUCAGGCCUAUCUGGAUGAUGUGAAUGCCGUUAUAAAAAAGGACCUUGUUCAUAAAAAUAAUCUCUGAUGUCAACCGUGGAAAAGAAAAGUUCAUCCUCUUUCGAGAUACAGCAUCACCACAGAUGAAGACGUCUUGGCAUUGAUAUCUAUUUAAACGGCUGGUUUUUCAUAUCUAUGAUUUGUACACACAUCUUUGACUAGUAACAUCAUGAUAGAUAUAACAUUAAGCGUGCUUUACUGUUGUUUAUAUAUAUAUAAAUAUGUAAUGCCUAUUUUCUCAAAUCAUGUUUUUUAUCAAAAUUUGACCUUUUAAGACAUAUUUAUCGAUGCACGUUUCAAAUAAAAUGUUUUAAAGUGCC